GGAGCUGCUGCGCAGGCGCGAGGUCACAGGAGCAAAGAUGGCGCCCAUAUUCGGAGUGACCCUGAGCCGGUGUCUGAGAAAGAUCCCCGCAGCUUGUCGAACUGGAGUUCGCAACUUCCACUUUGCUGUCUAUGGAAAGCAAAACAAGAAAACCGCCACAGUUUCAGAUGCAGUCUCAACUCAGUACCCUGUGGUCGAUCAUGAGUUUGAUGCUGUUGUUGUUGGAGCAGGUGGAGCUGGCUUGCGAGCAGCUUUCGGUUUAUCCGAGGCUGGCUUUAACACUGCAUGUAUUACAAAACUCUUUCCUACAAGAUCACACACCGUCGCAGCACAGGGUGGAAUAAAUGCUGCCCUGGGUAAUAUGGAGAGUGAUGAUUGGAGAUGGCAUUUCUACGACACAGUGAAGGGAUCCGACUGGCUGGGAGAUCAAGAUGCGAUUCACUACAUGACUGAGCAGGCACCAGCAGCUGUUAUUGAGUUGGAAAAUUAUGGUAUGCCAUUCAGCAGAACUGAGGCUGGGAAGAUUUAUCAGCGUGCAUUUGGUGGACAGAGUCUGCAGUUUGGAAAAGGAGGCCAAGCUCAUCGUUGCUGUUGUGUUGCAGACCGAACUGGUCACUCCUUGUUGCACACAUUGUAUGGCCGGUCACUGAGGUAUGACACCAGCUACUUUGUUGAAUACUUUGCCCUGGAUCUCCUGAUGGAAGGUGGAGAAUGUCGAGGUGUGAUUGCACUGUGUAUGGAGGAUGGUUCUAUUCAUCGCUUUAGGGCCAAUAACACUGUAAUUGCUACUGGUGGGUAUGGGAGAGCCUACUUCAGCUGUACUUCAGCACAUACAAACACUGGAGAUGGAGUGGCCAUGGUCACUAGAGCUGGGCUGCCCAACCAGGAUUUGGAGUUUGUCCAGUUCCACCCAACAGGAAUCUACGGUGCCGGUUGCCUUAUUACUGAAGGCUGUCGUGGUGAAGGUGGAAUUCUCAUCAACAGUGAGGGAGAGAGAUUCAUGGAACGCUAUGCUCCUGUUGCCAAAGAUCUUGCUUCAAGAGAUGUGGUUUCACGUUCGAUGACCAUUGAAAUGCGUGAAGGACGUGGCUGUGGCCCCGAUAAGGACCAUGUGUACCUACAGCUGCACCAUUUGCCACCCCAACAGCUGGCUACACGUCUUCCUGGUAUUUCAGAGACCGCCAUGAUUUUUGCUGGAGUCGAUGUCACUAAAGAGCCCAUUCCAGUUCUUCCCACCGUGCAUUACAAUAUGGGGGGUAUCCCCACUAACUACAAAGGACAGGCUAUUAAGCAAGUAAACGGUAAAGAUGAAGUGGUGCCUGGUCUCUAUGCCUGUGGUGAGGCUGCUAGUGCUUCUGUUCAUGGGGCUAAUCGACUUGGUGCAAACUCUCUUCUCGACUUGGUGGUGUUUGGUCGAGCCUGUGCUCUAUCCAUCACUGAAGCCUGCAAACCUGGUGAGGCUAUUCCACCAAUCAAUCCAAGUUCUGGAGAGGAAUCGGUGGCUAACCUCGAUAAAUUGCGAUUUGCUAAUGGAAGUAUUCGAACGUCAGAACUUAGAAUGAAUAUGCAAAAGUGCAUGCAGAGCCACGCAGCUGUAUUCCGUACUGGUCCAGUGUUGAAGGAAGGAUGUGAACAAUUGAGCAGUCUGUACAAUUCUUUGGAUGAUCUCAAGACAUUUGACAGAGGCAUUGUGUGGAACACUGACCUGAUAGAGACCUUGGAGCUGCAGAACUUGAUGCUUUGUGCCAUGCAGACUAUCAAUGGUGCUGAGGCUCGCAAAGAGAGCAGAGGAGCACAUGCCAGGGAGGAUUUCAAGACGAGGAUAGAUGAAUUUGAUUUUUCCAAACCCGUGAAGGGCCAAGUUGAAAAAACAUUUAGUGAACACUGGAGAAAGCACACGCUCUCUACUAUGGAUCCUAAGACUGGAAAGGUUACCCUUGGCUAUAGACCUGUAAUCGACACCACUUUGAAUGAAGACUGCUCCUCCGUCCCCCCAGCAAUUCGCUCUUACUAAAUGUCAUGAGACAAGUAUAUCAGUUACAGGCAUAAAAAUGUACAUGGUUAAAGCAGCGACAUGUUCGUAUUUGGUUAUAAUAAUAAUAAUAUUCUGUCCUAAUGAAAAAUAAAACAUUUGCAGUUCUACUACACAUUUUAACUGUUUUAAUUUAAAGUACUGUACAUAAUGGACAAACUAUUCCAUAUUAAAGUGGGCAAACUUAUCAAGAAACAGUUCUAGAUAUUUACAUGAAAUGGAGGUGAAAAUGUGACUUUCACUAAUUGGAAGUCGCUGUGCUAAUUGUGACUCACUGGAUUUAACUAAAAUUGCACCUUUCAGUAAGACGUUCGCUUAAAAUUUGAGUUCUUGAAGGCCAGCAAAUCUUGUUUGAGGUCACUGCUUUGAUUUCCGACCUUUUGUCACUUGAGAAAACAAAACAUUAAUGCGCUUUUCCAAGCAAAAGGUUUGCAAAAGCGCAUUUCGAACCCAACUUGUUUUAUUCCUUAAAAAUGCUCCACUCGCUGCAUGGGCUUUACUGAUGCAAUAUUGCUGAAUAAUAUAACUAUGUUAUAAUUUCAAACUAAAGUAGAGGUUAUAAUCUUCUUAUAGAACAUACCUGCUGUCCUGUUGGUUUAAUGUAAUGGAAUCAUUAUCAGUAACGACAAAACUCAUAACUCUUCUAAAUGUUUACCCAAUUUCAGUUGAACUAUGAAUUAAGGAGAUCAGACACAAAUGAAAGGGAAGAUGAUUGAUGAUCUUUACAGAAUGCUUUAAGUUCUCUUGCUUGAUUGUAAAAAAGAUGAAUUUUCUUUGCUACUGGAGUACUAACUUAGAAUGGCCCAAGUAUGUGUUGGCUGUUGCAGGGAUAUUAUCGUUCUUCAAGAAGGAAUAAUGGUCAUGUGCCAUAUUCACUGUGUGUUACAUUGCUCUAAAAUGUAUUUUCAAAACAAAGUAUUGCUUUAUUUGCAAAAAUUAUUUAAACUGAUGUUUUUUUCUAAUUUCACAAUACUGUUCCAAAUAAAGCAAUGAAUGAAGCAUCCACAUUGCUCUUCAAAGUC